AUGCUUGCAUCCUUUCUGCGUCUGUACCCCGAUCAAUAUCCCUCGUCGCCUGGGCACAGACUGCUGAAAGAAUGGGCUAGCCACCAUAAAAUGCACAGAAAAUUCCAACGGAACACGUCAAUUUUUCACAGCUCAAAUGUACUCCACUUCGUCUAUCCGGUAAGGCUCUCUGUUACAAGAAAAAGGUUGAGGUUCUUUAUCCUCUAUCGUAUUUCUAAUUGGUCUCAGUGA